UCUUAAAGGUUGAAGAGGCCUCUUCCUUACAGUCAGGAAGGAAUUUCCCUCCAGGCUAGAUUGGCUUGGUAUCCUGGAGGUUUUUUACUUUCCUCUGGGCAUUGGGCAGGGGUCACCAAGGGAGUUGGGGAUAGCUGUAAAUUUCCUGCAUUGUGCAGGGGGCUGGACUAAAUGACCCUUGUGGUCUUCUCCAGCUUUAUGUUUACAUGAACUCAACAGCCAAUUAACACAUGGCAGGAUUUGCCUCUCCUUCAAGUGAUCUCUGUUUUGUUAUCAAGAGCCAUUAAUGGCUUUCUUUCCUGGGCCUGCUUUUGUUUUAAGGUCUUGCCAGUUUUUCUUCUUUAUUCCAGAGACUAAUAGUCCCCAGAAGAAGCUUGAGGGAGAACCAGAACAGCUCCCAUUGGAAGGGGAGCAGCUGAGAAGCAAUGGAACAAAACUGAUGGAGGAGGAUGAAUCAUCUGCUUCUCAGGGUACUGAAUCCCAGGACAUCCUGUCAUACCAUCGAUGGAUCAGUUGCCCCAUGUGUGGAAAAACAUUCAUUUAUCCAUCAGUGUUUGAUAGACACUGGAGAACCCACACAGGGGAGAAACCAUAUAAAUGUGUGGACUGUGGAAAGAGCUUUGCUCGGAGUACACAGCUUAGUGUCCAUCAACGUAUCCAUACUGGGGAGAAGCCAUAUAAAUGCAUGGAUUGUGGAAAGAGCUUUGCUCGGAAUGCAGAUCUUACUGCUCAUCGACGUAUCCAUACAGGGGAGAAACCCUAUGAAUGCAUGGAGUGCGGAAAGAGCUUUGCUCGGAGUGCGGAGCUUUCUGAUCAUCGACGUAUGCAUACAGGGGAGAAACCAUAUAAAUGUGUGGACUGUGGAAAGAGGUUUGCUCGGAGUAGGUACCUUAGUAUCCAUCGACGUAUCCAUACAGGAGAGAAACCAUGUAAAUGCAUGGAGUGCGGAAAGAGUUUUGCUCGGAGUGGAGAUCUUACUGCUCAUCGACGUAUCCAUACAGGGGAGAAACCCUAUGAAUGCAUGGAGUGCGGAAAGAGCUUUGUUCGGAGUGCAGAGCUUUCUGCCCAUCAGCAUUUCCACAUGGGAGAAACCAUGCAAAUAUGUGGAUUGUGGAAAGAGGUUUGUUCGGAAUAAGUACCUUACUAUCUAAAUGCAUGGAGUGUGAAAAGAGCUUUGCUUGGAGUGCAGAGCUUACUCUGGAUCGAUUUAUCCAUAUAGGGGAGAAACUAUAUAAAUGUGUGGAUUGUUGAAAGAACUUUGCUGAGAGCACACUUUUUACUGUGCAUCUAAGUAUCCAUACAAGGGAGAAACCAUAUAACUACGUGACUGCGGAGAGAGCUUUGCUUAGAAUACACAGCUUGCUGCUCAUUGAUACAUCCAAGCAAGGGGGAAACUAUAAAGUAUACGCUGUGAUCUGGACACCAACUGUAAUAUAGGUGAGCCAGAAGUAAUACUUAACUCACUAUCUGGUCUGUUUCUGAAUCAUUUUGACCACAGUGCCAUUCACCUCCAGGGUAUUGCAAGCUGAACCCCUUUGUCUGCAGUCUGGGAAGUGGUGGCAUUGUGCCUAUAUAGCAGUCAGGACACUGAACUGAUUAACAAAAGUGUUAUCAGUAGAACUAACAAACUGGAUAGGAAAGAAUAGAAAUAAAUAGCUGCCUUUGCUACUUGAGAGCGUAUUCAAAGGGGUUUCAGAAAAAGGAGAUUACCCUGAGAGUAGCAUUCUGCAGACAGACAAGGAGAAAACCCUUUACUGGAAACAAGGUACUCCUCCUACAGUGCUGUCUUACUAGAGUUUUCUGCCCACGCAGGAUCUUUUCUUUGUACACAAGAAGUUGCUAUACUCCAACGGAAGUCACGGCUUUGGGUGAAGGUACCCACUGUGAAAAAUGUCAAGACCCCGAGGAGUGGUUCUCUUUGUGGAAAGCAAACAGACUGAAGCCUGCUCCACUUGCAGUGAAAUGCUGAAAUGGGAGCCGGUUCUGAUUAAGGAAUUGGACAUGCACUCUCAUGCCACACCGGAGUCUCUGUUUCAGGCCCCUGGCGGUUACCGCUGAUAAUGGAUAAAUAAACACACACAAAUGCCUUGCAUGUGAGUAGGAAACUCAUAUAGAAAACUCAGCAUAUGUGACUAGCAGGAAAGGAGUCCAGUGGCACCAUAGGAACUGACAAGACUUUCAGAGUGUAUGCUUUCAAGAAUCAGAGCUCCCUUCUUCAGGUAUCUGAAGAAGGGAAUGUUGGUCUCCAAGGUGCCACUGGGCCAAAAUCCUGCUAUUCUACUGCAGACCAACAAGGCUACCCAGCUAAAGCAUAGGAGAAGUAUCCCUGAAGGGGGUGGAUUCAGAUGAACAAUAAGGGUGGUGCAUCUCAGAGAUAGUUCUCAGCGCUUAGUUCUCAACGCUUCUAUUCACACAACUUUCCACCCCUCGCCAGCCCAGUGGUUGGUCUGAAUCCACAAGAAAGGACAGGAGCCUCUACUUCAGAUGAAAAUAUUUAUUCUGUCCAAUAUAUAAAAUUGUCUUUCUGUUCUCAGGCCUUUUUUUCUUUGUCUGGUUUAGGGGUAUUGAGGCUGCUCGCCGA